GAUUUAUAGGCAAAUGGCUUCAACCAAUGAGACAACCAACGAACACCCUACUUUCCGCCCUGUGUGGUCAACGGAUUGGUUGACAGAGAAAACGCAGGAGGCGGACUCGAAAUAAGACCGGAGCUCCGAGGGCGCUCUCACUAUCACUCUUCAGACGUGCACAAUGCAGAUCUUCGUGAAGACGCUGACCGGCAAGACGAUCACUCUUGAGGUCGAGGCCAGUGACACAAUUGAGAACGUGAAGGCGAAGAUUCAAGAUAAGGAAGGCAUCCCACCUGACCAGCAACGCCUUAUUUUCGCCGGCAAACAGUUGGAGGACGGCCGUACGUUGUCUGACUACAACAUCCAGAAAGAGUCUACUCUUCACCUGGUGCUUCGCCUUCGUGGUGGUAUGCAAAUCUUUGUGAAAACCCUGACUGGCAAAACGAUCACCCUCGAGGUUGAGGCUAGCGACACAAUUGAGAACGUGAAGGCGAAGAUUCAAGAUAAGGAAGGCAUCCCACCUGACCAGCAACGCCUUAUUUUCGCCGGCAAGCAAUUGGAGGACGGUCGUACAUUGUCUGACUACAACAUCCAGAAAGAGUCUACUUUGCACUUGGUUUUGCGCCUUCGUGGUGGCUAAAUAUUCGUUCUAGUAAACUGCACUGUCUUCAUUUCCGUUGAUUAAAUUGUAAUCUUAUU